AUGAAAAACUGCCCAGUUACUUUGCAUCAUCCAUCACAAGCAUCUGCGCUAAAAGGAAUUGGGCCUACAAUUUGCGCCAAGCUUGAAAAGCGAUGGUUAACAUACUGUCGAGAAAACAAUAUACCAAUAGCUCCUCCACCUCAGCAAGGAAAUGUGAAUGAUACAGAGAACACAAGUGUCAAUCAUGCAACAUCUUCCUCCAAUGCCGUAAAAAAGCCAGCUGCUCGAAAGAAGCGUCCAUAUGUACCGGGUUAUAGGUCAGGCGCAUAUGCCAUAUUAUGUUCAUUAUAUUCUCUUCCAACUCAUGAAUUCGCUACGAAGCCUCAAAUAAUUACUUCUGCGCAGGGUUUUUGCGAUUCGUCCUUUGGACCAGGUGCCGAUGGGAACCAACGUUAUACAGCUUGGAGUGCUAUGAAGACACUCAUCAUGAAAGGACUUGUCUACCAAACUGGCCAUCCAGCCAAAUAUUGUCUUACCGAUGAUGGCGAAGAAGUAUGUGAUCGUUUAGCAAGGGUUGAUGACGCUUUCCGGAAACAGGGUAGCCCUGUAAGAUUGAAAAAAAGCAACUCCACUCCGGCUAGCUUUCCUAGUUCAAGUACGCAGGGGAAAGCUAUGCAGAACGAAAACAUGUCACAGCAGCGUUUAGGAAAGAACAUGACGUUGAAUACCAUCUCGCAUCACACAAGUGUUGUGGAAAAGCAACCGGAACUUGUUUCCUUAAGUGAAGAAGAAAUGGAAGAGAUGGAAGAGGAUGAGAAAACAGAUGUGGAUGAGCUUCAGGAAGAACCUAUUGUUGAGACAAAUUCAAGUAUUCCAAACAUCGAUUUGACUGAUGGUAGUGCAACGAUUUUGGAUAAAGACAGAGAGAAGAAUGUUGACAUCCCUUUGGAAACUAUUCCAUUCCAUCGAUGCACUUUGGUUCUAUUAAUUGAUACCCGAGAAAUUCGAAUCCGUGGUGAUCGAAACACCGUUGCUGAUAAGUUAAACAACGACUAUAACGUUCUGUGCGAAGUACGAGCUUUGGAACUCGGUGAUGCGCUAUGGAUUGCCAGAGAUAGAGAGACGAAUCAAGAAAUUGUUCUCGAUUUUGUCGUGGAAAGAAAGCGAUAUGAUGACUUGGUAGCCUCGAUUAAAGAUGGACGAUUUCACGAACAGAAGCGCCGUCUCACGAAAAGUGGAAUUAGCACCGUCUUUUAUAUCUUAGAAGAAUCCAACUUUGAUGAAAGCUUUUCUGAAUCCAUUCACACAGUCGUCUCAAACAUACAAGUCGAUCAUUUAUUUCACGUUCGUUGUACCAAGUCUUUAGAUCAUACUACCGCUACUUUAGCGAACAUGACAAAACAUAUCCAUAAUCUAUAUGAAGCUCGAAAAACCUUACAAUUAAUUCCAGAUUUAUCGGUGGAGGCAAAGACAUUUGAAUCCAUGAGAAAGUAUCUAGAGAGACUAGACCCGUCAGUUACCUAUCACAUUACUUAUAAUGCUUUCUCUUCUGUCUUGUCAAAGUCUUCUACUCUAACUCUUGGUGACAUAUUCAUUCGAAUGCUGAUGACAAUCCGUGGUGUCAGUGCACAGAAAGCAAUCGAGAUCCAGAAGCGAUUCCCUACAUUCAUUGAUUUAUUUGAGGCGUAUGAACGUUGUUCUUCAAAUCAGGAUCGAGAAAUGCUUCUCGCAAGAUCAUUUCAAGGCUUUGGAUCACAAGCCAUUGGUCCAGCUCUGUCAGCAAAAAUAGCCUAUGUUUUUCAUCCAAAUCCUACAUAA